AUGAAACCUUUAACAGUAGUGAAAACUCCAAAUGUCUUCAGUCUGUCUGUAGAGAAAAUUAGAGAAGAGAUGAAGAGAUGUGUGGAGCUCUGUUCUCUGGGACCAAAUGUUCUGCUGCUGUUAGUGAAACCUUCAGAUUUCACUGAAGACAACAGAAAAACUCUGAAGUUCAUCCUGAGUCUGUUUGGUGAAGACGCCUUCAAACACUCCAUGAUCAUCAUGACUCACAACGAAGACAGAAGGAAUCAGUCGGUGGAAAAACUCCUCCAAGACUGCGAACAAAAGCAGCACAGGAUCAAUCUUGAUGAAAAGCAUCCUUCAGGUCAUGAAGUACAAGAGUUAAUGCAGAAAAUAGAAACUAUAGUGAGUGAACUCAGGGGAGGAUUUCUGACACUAACUGAUAAAGCUGAUCAGACAGUGAUGAAAAAGUCCAAACCUCCUCUGAACCUGGUCCUGUGUGGUAGAAGAGGAGCUGGGAAGACUUCAGCAGUCAACACUAUUCUGGGACAAAGAAAGUUUGGUGGACCUGAAGACUCAUCAGAGUGUGUUAAAACCCAGGGAGAGGUGUGUGGACGUCGGGUUUCCCUGCUGGAGCUGCCUGCCUUGUAUGGAAAACCUCAGGAGGCAGUGAUGGAGGAAUCAUUCAGGUGUAUCUCCCUCUGUGAUCCUGAGGGCGUCCAUGCCUUCAUCCUGGUCCUACCUGUGGGUCCCCUCACUGAUGAAGACAAGGGAGAGUUAGAGACCAUCCAGAACACAUUCAGCUCUAAAGUCACAGACUUCACCCUGAUUCUGUUCACUGUGGAGUCAGAUCCUACAGCUCCAGCUGUUGUUGACUUUAUCAGACAGAACAGAGACAUCCAGGAGUUCUGUCAGAGCUGUGGAGGAAGAUCUGUUGUUGUCAGCAUGAAGGACAAGCAGCAGAUCCCAGAGCUGCUGGAUCAAGUAGACAAGAUGACAGAUGGAGGAUCCAGAUGUUUCACUAAGGACAUGUUCACUGAGGCUCAGAUGGAGAAGGUUUCACAGCUUAAAACAGAACUGCAGGAUGUGAAACGUAGCAGCAGGACAGAAGCUGAAGACAAAAAUCAGACCAGAGAAGAAGACACUAUCAGGAUGGUGCUGUUUGGAAAAACUGGUAGUGGGAAGAGUUCCACUGGAAACACAAUUUUGGGCUACAAACAAUUUUUAGCCAAAGUCGGUGGGAAAUCAGUGACCACAAGCUGCCAGAAAGCAACAGCACAGAUUGAUGGCUUUUCUGUUUCUGUGGUCGACACUCCUGGUUUGUUCGACACAACUCUCUCUCCUGAGCAAGUUAAACAGGAGCUGGUGAAAUGUAUCACCAUGUUGUCUCCUGGACCUCACGUGUUCUUACUGGUGCUGCAGAUCGGUCGAUUUACGGAGGAGGAAAAAGAUGUGGUGAAAAUGAUCAAGAAGAUUUUUGGCCAGAAGUCAGAAAACUUCAUCAUUGUUACGUUCACAAGAGGAGAUGAACUGGAAGACCAAUCAAUUGAAAAGUACAUCGAAGAAGACUGUGGUGACUUUGUAAAAAAUCUGAUCGCUGACUGUGGAGGAAGAUUCCAUGUCUUCAACAACAAAGAUCCAAAAAACUGCACACAAGUCAGAGAGCUGCUAACCAAGAUCCAGACCAUGGUGAAAGAAAAUGGAGACAGUUUCUACACUACAGAGAUGUUCCAAGAGGCUGAAGCAGCGAUACUGAAGUCAGUGGAGAGGGCAUUGACGGAGAAGGAAGAGGAGAUGAAGGAGCUGGAAAGAAAACACGAGGAAGAAAUGCAAAAAGCAGUAAGACAAAUGAGAGAACAGAUAUCCAAAAUUGAAUCAGAGAAAGAGCUGGGUCUAAAACAACUCAAGGAGAAGGAGGACUACAUUAACAAACAGCAAAAGGAGAGAGAGAAAGAACAAAAACACAGAGAAGAGGAAGACAAGAAGAGGAAACACCAGGAACAAAUUCAACGACGGGAGUGGGAACAAAAGCUUCGAGAUCUGGAGAAACAGAUAUCAGAGUCUGAGUCAAUGGAGGAGCUGAAGAAGAGAGAGCUGGAGAACACUAGAGAAGAACUGCAAAGAGGGAAAGAAGCCUGGGAGAUGGACAAAAGAAGCUGGUGGGACAAACGGUCCCGAGAAAUUAUGGAGAAACGAGAAACGGAACAAAUGAAAAUUCAGAAACUCAAAGAAGAAUUUCAACGUGAAAGAGAUGCAUAUCAAAGAAAAAUAAACAACGGCUACAUCAGGAUGGAAAGUGCUGAAAGACAAAGGGAAGCAUUAGAGAAAGAACACAAGAAAAAAAUGGAAGAAAUGAAACAGAAAUACGAGGACGAUGCCAGAAGUCAAGCUGAAGAAUUCAAUGAUUUCAGAGAGAAAUAUACUAGAGACUUUGAAGCUCUGAUAGAAAAGUAUGAUGAGGAGAUAAGGGAUCUGAAGCAAACCUACAAGGUAUUAAUAAACGAGCGAGAGCAACACAGAAAUGAGUACACUCUUUUACACAAACUCUCCAGUCACAAGGAAGCAAGUCUAAACCAAGAACUGAAGGAUCUGCAGAAAAAGCAUGAAGAAGAAAUAAAUAACUUAAAGCAGAAACACAAGUGCAUCAUUGCCUGAUCACCUUAAAUUGUCUUUCACAGUGUAGUCACUCUGGUGGAAAAACCUCCAGCUCCAGUGCUUCAUGAUGAAUAAAAUACGAUGAGUCAGAUUUCUGCAGAAAUGUCAACUGCUAACCAGACAUUCCACAAAUCUGAAUAACAACAUAUUUAUUCCUUUAGCUUUUGAAUGGGAAUGAAGUAGACAAACUCUUGAAGAAAUCUGUGAAUGUAGGAAUUAACCAUAAAGAGAGUAGUGUAUUGUUGGAUGCAUUCCAGAGCAGCACACAGAAAAUCCAAGUACCCAAAUUCACAGCUGUACAUUUCGUGGGAGACCAUUUGAGAAGACAGCAAACCCCAAAUUUUCAUCCAAAUGGAACAUCUGCACAGGCAAUCAACUGUUUAGAUGUUUAAAACCAAAGACCAUUUAAUACCCUCUACCUUCCAAAGGAACUGAUGACACUCAGACUGUCACACCUCUGGAGAAGAGAAAGUUCCGUUCUUUUCUGUGACCUCCUGAAGAACUUUUUAGAGAAGAAUGAACUCAACCGGUUUAAAAUCUAAAACUAAGGAGCUGUAACAUCACUGCAGUGAUGAACCCAAAAUCUGGGCUUAAUAUUCCAGACAAUCAGGAACACCCUCGAAUCUAAAUGUGUAGAAAAUCAUUCCACUCACUCUGUCAAAACCAUAAAAAGCACAGACUUUAUUUAUUUAUUUAUUGUUUAUUUAAUAGGGACCAGUGUAUACAAUAAACAUGUAUGACAUUUAUCGCCAGACUUUAAUUCUAAAUAUAUACACAUUUGUGAACAGAAGUUUCCAUCCACCUGUGAAGUCCAUGUAUAUCAUGACAGUCUUGAGUUUCCAAUGACUUCCAUAACUCUGAAUUUUCUUUGACAGAAUCAUUGAAACACGUAAAUCUUUGUCACAAUAAACAAUCACGUGUUUUGGUUCUUUCACAGAUUUAUCAAAGGUCUUUUGUCAAUAUGACAAAAUCUACUGGGCCAAAAAUACACAGAGAGAAAUGCUAGUAUUUGGUUAAAUUUGUCCAUUUCCAUCUCAGUUCAGUUCUCCUGGUUUCAAUCUUCUGGUUUAUCUUUGACUCCUCUGGACAGAAUUGGUGCAGUUCAACUAAAUUUGUCAUUUUUCUAACUCAAACUUGUUUCUUAAAGUUCUUGAUGGUUUAAGUCAGGACUUUGGGGAGACCAGUCUAGAACCUUCAUUCCAGCCUGAUGGAACCAUUUCUUUAAAAUGUCUGAUGUGUGUUUGGAUUCAUUGUCUGGUUGAAACAUCCAACUGUGUCUAAGAUCAACCUUCUGCUGAUGGUUUUAGGUUUUCCUGAAGAACGUAGAGGUGAUCCUCCUCCUUCAUUUUUCCAUUUACUUUGUUUAAAGCUCCAGUUUCACAGAGCAUGGUACUGCCACCACCAUGCUUGAUGGUAGGUUUGGUGUUCUUGGGGUUAAAGGCCUCACCUUCAGUUUUUCUUCCAUCCGACUACAGAACUUUCCUCCAGAAGGUCUUUUCUUAGUCCAUGCGAUCAGCAGCAGACUUGAGUGGAGCUUUAAGGUUCUGCUUCUAGAGGAAGAACUUCCUUCUUCAUGGAUCCUCUCAGCUCAUGUUGAUGUAAAACCCUGUGGACACUGACAGCUGUGUUCCAGCAGCUUCUCAUCUAUUCAGACCUGCUUUUUCAUCAUUCUUGAUUGACUCUUGACCAUCCUGACCAAUGGUCUCUCAGCAGCAGGUGAUAGUUUAUAUUUUCUUCCUGAUGGUAGCAGUCAGACAACUGGACCAUGAACUUUAUUCUGACAAACAGGUGAUUUUAGAAGCUGCUUUGAAACGGCUUCAAGUGACUUUCUGCCUUGUUCAAGUCAAUGAUUUGCUUUUUCAGAUCUUUGCUGAUCUCCUCAGACUUUCCCACUGUAGUGUUUGAGUCUGAGUGGAUCUAAUGGGUUCUAUUUAAACUGGAUCAGAGGAGUCAGCAGCUGUAGACAAACAUAAUCACUUAUGAGAAGUGAAGAGGCUACGAAAACUAAGAAAAUGUGAUGAACAUGACUUUCUACAUCACCAAAAGUGAUCACUGACAUUGCUAUGUAUAUAUUUUUGACCCAGCAGAUUUUGCUAUAUUUCCAGACAUAGUCUUCAUAAGUGCAUAUAAAUUUUGAUUUAUAACGGUAUGUUUCAAUAGUCCAAUUUUUCUGAUUGUUGAAUGUAUAAGUUUGUAUUCUUAGUGAUAAGUUUGCUAUGCUUCAUAAUGAAAUAUCACAAUUUAUAUGCAUGUUUACACCAUAUAUUGUCUCAAUAACCAUGAGAUAAACAUGUUUUGGUAACUGACUGUGAUUCAUUUUAGUCCAAUCACUACGAUUACUAUUUAACAACCAGAUCUGUGUGUUUAAGAUUUUAAAGUCAGGUCUAAAGGUGUUUGACUGCUGACCUCUGAAUGACAGGGAAGUUUAACAACAACCCGAGAGGUGAACACAUCUAUGAUUGAUCAGAAGGUCAUCUGAAUUUUCCAAAAAGGUUUUCUGUAUAUAAGAAAGUCACCAGAUUGCAAUGUGGGUUUUUGUUUAGUUUCUUGCCUUUACUCCUUUUCUACAUGAAAUUGUUUUGGUGUUGUGAUUGUUGUAUGUUUUUUUUAUGUAACAGCAAAAAAAAAAAUUAUUUCCCACAAUCAGCUUUGAUUUUAAAAUAUUUACUUUUCUUGAUGCAACUGUAUCACUAUAUCAUGGAUCAUUUUCUGAUGAAUUGGUAAAUUUAGAAAUGAAAUUUGGCUUCUUAGUUCCACAGUGGUUCUAAAUUGAUCAACACUCUGCCAGCUGUUUCCAGUGAUGAUACUCUUAAUUAUUCAGUUUUCUAACCUGUAUUCAUUCAUUCAUUGACUGUCUUUUGAUGGGUUGUUGUGUCAUUAUUUGGUAUUCUCAGUAGUUAAUAAAUGUUUUGUGUAUAAUUAUCA